AUGUCUCUGGUACCUUCCCCAGAGGAUGACGAACAGCGGCGGACUCUGUUGAUGAUAUACAUUCAUGGAUUCAUGGGCAAUGACGCAUCCUUCCACUCCUUUCCAGCCCAUGUCCACCACUUUCUUGAGGAGACGUUGGCCAAUACCCAUGUCGUCCACACCAAGAUCUAUCCUCGGUAUAAAACUUACAAGGCGAUCGACGUUGCGAGGGACAACUUCAGCAAAUGGCUCGAACCUCAUGAGUCGCCGGAAACCGAUGUUAUCCUACUUGGUCACUCGAUGGGGGGGUUGCUCUCAGCCGAUAUUGUCUUGAUGCCAGCAUCAAGCGGCUAUCCAUUCCGGCAUAGGAUUCUAGGAACCAUAUCACUGGAUGCUCCCUUCUUGGGCCUCCAUCCUGGCGUCAUUGUUUCGGGCAUAGCGAGCAUCUUCCGUCCGGCUCCCAGUCCACCAGGAGAAACCAACUACUCGGGAUCACCUACUCCUUCCUCCCUCAAUGCUCGGGAAACCGUCUCACCAGAGCCCUCCAUUCUUUCAGGGAUCUCCUCGGAGAGGUUAUCGUCUCUUAGUCUGUCACCGUCACCGCUGCAGUCAAGACCCUCUGGCUCUGAUCCUUUCUUCAAUCCACCGUUCUUCAACGAUGUUCCGUUCCAGGACCGAGGGUGGAUAAAAAAUGUCGUCCACUUCGCAAACAAGCAUAGAUCGGAAAAUCUGUUUGAAGCUGCGGGGAGCCACAUCAUGUCCCAUUUGGAAUUCGGUGCUUGUCUAGGCGACUAUCCUGCCUUGAACUCCCGGUACAGCAGGCUGAGACAGCUGGAGGAUGUGAAAGAGCUCGGCGCUGGUGUCUCGGAUGCUCGGCCAACAGCAAGAGUGCGCUUUGCCAACUAUUACACACUAUCUACGGGCCGAGAAAAGAAGCCCAAGCCGGCGCCGGCCAGUCCAAACCCGGAACCAGAUUCAGCCGGACAAGAAUCCCAGAUAAGCUCACCGACUAGCCUACACCCGAAGUCCGAGUCGCCCAUUCAAGAGACGCAGGCAAGCUCCGUAGAUAUCGACCAACGUGCGUCCACACCGAGGAGCUCCGGUGAGGAACACAGCGACGACGGGAUGCUCCAAUAUGUUGAGCCAAUGCCAGAGGAGGACGGGCCAGUUCCAGAGGAGGGCGAGCUUCCGCCUGCAUACACAGAAAAUGCAGAUACCAAGACCGCAGACACCGCCCCCUCGGACGAACCACCAGACGACCUGCAGCUACCCGCCAUCCCCGACCUCCCCGAGCCACCCGUCGCCCCGGAACUAGACCAGCACGCAGACAAGGCCAUCCAGAAGCAGGUAGAGAAGGAAGCGAAGCGCGCCCGCAAGGUAUACGACCAGGCGGUCAAGCAGCGCGACAAGGCCAUCAAGGAGCGCCAGAAGCUGGUCGACAAGCACAAGCGGCAGCUCCAGAAGGACGCCGAGCGGCGCGACAAGGAGCAGCAGAAGGAGGCCCGCAGGAGGGAGAAGGAGGCGCAGAAGAGGCAGGCGGCCGAGAAGCAGGCCUGGCAGGACGAGCUCGACAGCCGCCGCAGCAGCAAUCAGCAGCGGGAGGAGCCGGACAAGGACAAGGACAAGGAGAAGAAGAAGAAGGACCGCAAGUUCUGCAUGCUCCCCCGGGACGUCAGCGCCGGCCGCGACCCGGCGUGGGUGCCGGUGCGCAUGGACGGCGUCGACGAGGUCGGCGCCCACUGCGGCCUCUUCCUCGCCGGGCCGCACUACGAGGGCCUCGUCGUCGGCGUCGGGACUAUGGUCGGGGAGUGGGUGCGCGAGAGCCGCUCUCAGAGGACGGCGGGCGUUGAGGGGUGA